AUGUCUUCUGGUGAUGACAGUGUCAUUCACUUCUUCAAGAAAAUUGACGAAGACACACUUCGAAACGGUGAUCUGAGAAUACCUCGUAGCUUUGUGAGUAAAUAUUGGGAAGAUAUAUCAAAUCCACUGCAUCUUCUUCUUCCCAAAAGUGGUGAAUGGGAAGUGAAGUGGAGAAAAGUUGGUGCUGACAUUUGGUUAAUUGAUAACUGGAAGAAAUUUGCAGAAUUUUACUCUUUGGAUGAAGAUAAUCUCUUGAUGUUCAAAUAUGUGGGUAUGUCUCGGUUUGAGGUGGUGAUAUUUCACCCAACUGGCUUGGAAAUUAUGUACCCUUUAAAGGAAGCAACUUUAGAUCAUGCAGAGAAUCGUAAUGGUAAUGGUAAUGGUAAUUCUUCACGCCACUUCAAGACGGCAAAAUCUUCUUUACCACGUUCUUGUUUUUCCAAGAAGGUGAAACCCAACCUUAGGAACCAACCUAAUAUCUCUGAACAUGUUGCAAAUAGAAGUGCUCGAUCUCGAAGCAUCAAAGAGGAGUUAGAUGAACAACAUGGAAAUGGUUUUCAUAGUACAAAAUUCCAAAAAAGAGGUACAAAAAGAAAAACCUCUUUCUGCACGAAGUCUUCAAACUCUAAGAAAAGGGGUUUUUCAACUAGAAGUGGCUCUGCUAUGGAGAGAGCUGAAUGUUUCCACUCUGUGAAUCCCUUCUUCAUUCGUGAAAUGCAGCGAUCAUAUAUUAAAAGAAAUAUUAUGUUGAUACCGAAUGGUUUCAUAACAGAAGAUGAAGAUGUGCAUGACUGUGUCACUCUUUGGACCGGAAACAAAGGCUGGGGUGUUGAUUUUUAUCGGAAUAAAUGCAACAACCAAAUAAAUCUUACUUCUGGAUGGCUGGAUUUUGUAAAGGAUAAUAACUUGGGACUAGGGGAUGUAUGUGUUUUUGAGAAAAUUAAGAAACCGGGAAUUUCAUUCCAAGUUUCAAUUUUUAGAGACAGAGAAGAAUCAAGUCCUCCAAAGUUUUCAGAUGAUACAAUUCCUAAACGCAACGAGAGGAACGAGAGGGUGUUGUUGAAUCAGUUCAGUGUGUGCAUGGAACCUAAGGAUUGGAAGUAUUUGAGUGUUGGAAGGAGUUUCUUCGAAAAUCAUGGUAUUAGUAAUUAUUCAGCGGAAGAAGAAAAAGAAGUGACAGUGACCCUGGAAGUUGGGAAGAUAUCAUGGAAAGUGAAGCUAGAUUCUCAUUGGAGAUUGACGAAGGGUUGGUGUGAUUUUAUUAGAGGAUGCAAAUUGGAGGUUGGAGAUCUUUGUCGAUUUGAGUUGAUUGAUGAGAAGAAUAUUGUGUUUAAAGUUACCAUUGAAACAUGCAUCGACUGAUGUUUGUGAUUGAUGAUGUUUGUUUCUCUCUCUCCAUGUUACUUUUGAAACCUAUCUUACUUAGGUGAAUGUAUGUGUUUUGUGUGGAAUUUGGAUUCAGAAUUUAGGAUUACUUUUGAAACCUAUCUAGGUGUCUAGGUUAAGGUAUGUGUCUUUUUAGAUUAAUGUAU